ACACCACUUCCUCCGACCCUGCCGCCUCUUCUCUCCUCCGCCGCCGCUCCUUCUUCGAUGCUCGCGUAGUUGUCGUCGCAGAGGCUGAAAGACAAUCACAAGCAAAGCAGGCGCCCCUGAGACCCUUCCUCGCUCCGUCGCCGCAUCAAAUCCCCGCCAUCGACAUUCGACACGCUCGAAGAAGCAAUCCACACACACGACUUCCCGCAUACCACCACCUCACACCUGCAAGCCUGGCCACGCGACCACCUGCACCACGCUCGCGCGCGCCAUCGUGGCCAUGCGCCGACCGGUUCUGAUCUUCCUCAUCCUCAAUCUCGCCCUGAUCGCCUUCCUUGUGCACUCCGUAUGGACUCUCCUGGAACUGCUGGUGAUCAACGGGAUUGAGGAUGCAAUCACCAAGGCAGAGCUGCCGCCGAUGGGCUCCGAGCAUGACCUCGACACGAAACCUAUGAUUCCGAAAAUCAUACAUCAAACAUACAUCAACACCAGUAUCCCCGUGGUAUGGCAGGAGGCACAGCAGAGUUGUCUCGAUCUGCACAAAGAGCCGGAGUGGAAGUACAUGCUGUGGACGGAUGCCAUGUCAGAUGAGUUCGUCGCAAAAGAGUAUCCAGAGUUCUUGGACACAUUCCGAGGUUAUCAGUAUCCCAUUCAGCGUGCAGAUGCCAUCAGGUACUUUGUGCUCGAGCACUUUGGCGGCAUCUACAUUGAUUUGGACGAUGGCUGCAACAGGUCUCUGGAGCCCUUGCUGAGGUAUCCCGCUUUCGUGCGCAAGACCAUUCCUACAGGAGUGAGCAACGAUGCCAUGGGCGCUGUUCCGGGACAUCCUUUCUUCCAGCGCGUGAUUGAAGAGCUGCCGAAUUACGACCGCAGCUGGAUCUUGCCGUACAUUUCAGUCAUGGCAAGCACCGGUCCACUAUUCGUCAGUAUAAUCUGGAGGCACUACAGCGACGAGGGAUUUAAUGUGGGAGAUGGGCCUGAUGGAGGAAGAGUACGAAUCAUUUUCCCGCAGGAAUAUCAGAACCAGCCUUGGAGCUUUUUCACGCACCACUUGGGCAAUAGCUGGCAUGGUUAUGAUGUGCAGUUGAUUUUCUGGAUGGCCCGCAACUGGGUUCUUGUGACCAUUUUUGGCUUCGUUGUUGGCUUCGGCGUGAUAUUCCUGGUUUGGUGGUAUUAUCACCGCCACUACCUCGCGCCGACCGAUGUCCCUCGAUGGAAGACGAAAUCGAUACGACAGCGCCUUCCCUUCUGGUCACGACGAGCACAUUCAGAGUAUGAAUUGAUCCACAGACACGAGCCAUGAUUGCACAUGCAUUUGCGUAUUCUUUGGAAUGCGCGCAUCCCACGUCGAACAGCUACGUGGCCAUUCCGGUCCGCCUAAACCAACGGGAGCAACGGGGCGAUCGCCAACAACAGCUGCAAGGCUCGCCUGGAUUGGCAUCAAGUUUUGGUGACAACUUCCACAACAGAGAGACUUUCCACGCGCAUUGCUCCAAAACGGGCCAUCGUCUUACGAGAGCGCGCAUGACGACCGGUCGAAGUCUA